AUGAGUCACCACGAAGAUCCUUUCUCCAACCAUGUAGAUGGGGACGUGGAGAAGCAAGAUGAAAGUGAUGGCCACAUUCGCUCUCCUGGCGGUACCCCAAAGCCUCGUCACGGAAAGAAAGAGGAUGCCAAUGGAGCCGCCAAUGGAACCGUCGAUGGGCAUUCUAAGGAAGAGUUAAAAGAAUGGCAAUGCUAUGACAAGUUGGGAUAUUCGUUCCCCUGGUGGAAGAAAUGGGGCAUCAUCUCAGUCAUCUUUGCUGUUCAGACAUCCAUGAACUUCAAUGCCAGUUUCUAUGCCAGCAGCAUCACCCUGUAUGCGAAACACUUCAGCAUCUCAGAACAAGCCGCGCGUGUCGGUCAGAUGGGCUUUCUCAUUGCGUAUGCAUUUGGCUGCGAGUUCUGGGCGCCGUUCAGCGAAGAGUUUGGCCGAUGGCCAAUAAUGCAGCUCAGCUUGUUCUUCGUCAACAUCUGGCAGAUCCCAUGCGCUCUGGCCCCUAACUUUGGCACGAUUGUCAUCUGUCGCAUCCUUGGAGGUCUAUCGUCAGCCGGUGGCUCUGUGACGCUCGGCAUGGUGGCAGACAUGUGGGAACCGGAGAGCCAACAAUAUGCCGUGGCUUUCAUUGUGCUAUCUUCAGUAGCAGGCUCAGUCAUUGCACCGGUUGUUGGCGGCUUCGUGGCGACUUUCCUUGACUGGCACUGGAAUUUCUGGCUUCAACUCAUCUUAGGAGGUUUUGUGCAGAUAUUGCAUUUCUUCAUUCCAGAGACCAGGUGCAGCAUCCUUAUAACGAGAGAGGCUAGGCGGAGACGCAAAAACGGGGAUAUGGUAUGGAGUGGCGAUGAGCUCAAGCAAAGCCGCAUGUCUUUCCGUUGGAUAUUCAUGAUUUGGGUGCGCCCAUUCAUCAUGUUCCUGCGAGAACCGAUCGUCCUGUGCCUCUCUCUGCUCAGCGGCUUCAGUGAUGCCCUCAUUUUCACUUUCCUUCAAUCGUAUACUCCAGUAUACAAGCAAUGGGGAUUCAGUACAAUUGCUACUGGACUUUCUUUCCUCCCACUAUUGGUGGGCUACUUGAUUGCGUAUUGCUCAUUCAUUCCUUGGAUCCAUCGACAUUGCAGGAUUAGAGAAAAAGAUCCGGACGGUCUUCAACCCGAAGCUCGACUCUAUUGGUUGUUAUGGGUGGCACCCCUGUUGUCAAUUGGCCUAUUCGGAUUUGCGUGGACUAGUCUCGGUCCACCCCAUGUCCACUGGAUUGCGCCUAUGAUAUUCUCGGCUUUGAUUGCCAUUGCCAAUUAUGCCAUCUACAUGGCCACAAUCGAUUACAUGAUUGCCUCAUAUGGUCCAUAUGCAGCCUCAGCCACAGGAGGAAAUGGGUUUGCACGCGACUUCUUAGCUGGUAUCGCAGCGAUGUACUCGGUGCCAAUGUACACACAUAUGGGUACAACAAACCACCUUGAAUGGCCUUCUACUUUCUUGGGCUUCAUGGCGAUUAUCUUCACCAUACCAAUAUACAUAUUCUAUUGGAAAGGGCCCAAGAUUCGGGAAAUGUCACCAUUCGCACAGACCUUGGCUGCCGACAGAAAGAAGGCUGGUCGCAAAGUGUCUUCCUGUGGCUCCGGUGAUCCGGAUCCGGUCCAAAGGUAUCUGUCACAAUCGUCGGAGUAA